AUCGAGGUCACCGGGUUCUUUUGACACGUUGACUUGUGUUUUGCAAGAUCAAAGAUUUGGAUAGAAAUUGGUUGUUUUUUGUGCAAAAAACUGAAGAAAUCAUGAGUACUUUAGCAGAGAUGCCGUGUUAUACUCUGAUCAACGUUCCUAGCGACCUGGAACCGUGGUCAGAACAAAAAUUAAAGGAUGAUUUGGGUGAGUUGUCGAACCAUUUUAUGUCUGCUUAAUAGUUUUUGUAGAUAGGAAUUUUGUAGGGAAGGUUAUAUAAUAGUGUUAUAUACAAUCCCCCCGAGUUGACCAAAACCUUCAACUCCAAGUUCCCAACUACACAAAGCCUUCAACUCUUCUUUCCAGCGAGAUGCACAAAUUCUCGAUAUUAUGUUUGGUUUUAUAACCCUUGUCUUCUGUGAGCACGGGACCAAAUUUGGUAUACAAAUAAUGAAUGUUUUUAUUUGUACGAAGGUAAAAAUAUUUCAUCUUUCACUGAUUGCAAAUGUUUUUACUGUUACCCAAAUAAAAACAUUCAUUAUUUCUUUUGAAACAUCAAAAUAAAUCGAUCUAUCCAACUUUUAUUGAACUAAUAUUGCCAUACAUCGACCAUUCUCUCGUUCCCCCCAAGACAUAUAAAACAGGAUAUUCUCUACGUAAUAAUAACUGUCUUUCAAUACCAAAGCAUAGGACAAGUAGGUUUGCUAAUAAUUUUAUUAUGGCCGGUAGUAAGGCCUAUAACUCUAGUUUUAAAUAAUAAUUGUUCAGCUACAUUCUUACGUAGAACUAUCAAAAUUAACAACUUGUAAAUAAGGAGUGUUUGUAGACAUUUUUACUCAUAAGCAUGUAAACCAGUGUAAUUCAGUUUUUAACUGCAAAAUUGGUAUCUUUUAAUAAAUUGAAAUUGAAAUUCAGCCUUAUAAAUGCAGGGAUACUAUAUUAUUUGACUGUGUUUGAAGGUGAUCUACAGUCCGUAUGUAAACAAAGCCUUUGUUUAUUAUUAUUAUUAUUAUUAUUAAAUUGAAACCACAUUGCAGCCAGAACCUGAAUUGCGUGGAUUACAUAUUAUCACAUGCACUACAUAUAAAUAUAUUAUUAAUACAAUAUUAUAAAAACCCACCCACGAUCAAAAUUCGAUUAAAAUAAGCAUAAAAUCUAUCCUACAAACUUCCUACACAUAGCAGGGAUAAAAGAGUUAUAAAAGCGGUUCGUGCGUGUAACGUACAUAUUAAAAUACCGAUUCGUCCUGAAAGAAUAAUCAGUCUCGUUCUUCGGGGGCAGCAGAUGAUGAAGUUUAUGCAUUGGAUCCUUGAUGAUACUCGUAAAGAGUUUGUCACACAUGUCCUCUCUUCUUUGAAAUAGAGUAGGCAGUCUAAAAUACUCAAGGGCCUCACAAUAUGUCAUUUCAGGAGAUAAAAUUUUUAGCACACGUUUCUGGACAGUCUCAAGUUCGUCUGCCAAAUACUUUGGGAUGGAAUGAUGGAAGGCUUGCGCACAAUACUCGAGCACAGGCCUGAUCACUGUACAAUAAAAGUUCAAGACAUCAUUGACAUUUACGCUUGCCCGUUUCAAUAGUACUAUAAAAUAGAGGCGUUUAUUAGCUUUCUUUAUACUCUCUCUGAUGUUAUCUUUCCACUGAAGUGUGCCUGUCAUAACAAGACCCAAUAUUUUUGCACUCUCAACUAUAGGCAAUGCUUCUCCACCCACCAGUACAGGAUCAAAAUGUUGUUUAAUUCUUUUAAAAUCGAUUCUCAGUUCUUUACAUUUCUCAGUGUUAAGAGAUAGCCCAUUUGCCUUCGACCAAUCUUCCACAACAUCAACUGCGACUUGAACACGGCUCUCUGUGUCCUUACUAACUACUUCAGCAACUGUUGUGUCAUCAACAAACUUCCACCUCGAUAUAUCACAAAUAUCAAGAUCGUUUAUCAUUAAACAAAAUAGCCAGGGCCCUAAUUUUGUACCUUGAGGGAUACCGGAAAGUACAUCUCCCCACUCCGAAUAACAGUCAUUGGAUAAUUUCACUCUCUGCUUUCGAUUCAUCAAAAAAUCGAUUGUCCAGCGAGCAACCGCACGUGGAAUAGCUAAACUGGAAAUUUUAUCAGCCAGUAAAGCAUGAUCGAUAAGGUCGAAUGCUUUUCUAUAAUCGAACAGGAUGACUCUGACAGCAGAGCCAGUGCCAUCAGUAGCUUGCGACCAUUCAUGGAUCAUAGAUAUAACAGCGAGAGUAGUUGAACUUCUUGGUAUUACUCCAUAUUGACUUGGAUCGAUUAUACUCAUGAUAGCUGGAGCAAUGUAUUUUUUAACAACACAGUCCUCAGCGAUUUUCGAAAUAGCGGCAGUAAGUGAAAUUGGUCGUAACUGCUUACAAAUGUCGCUAACGGGCUUAGUUUUUAUGAGGGGCACAAUGUUGGCAAGCUUCCAAGAUUUAGGUAGUUGUUGUUCGGCAUAGCUGCUGUUUAGCACAGCGUAUACUGGCUGUGCAAGGAUUUCAGCAUAUUCCUUAAGAGCCCAAUUGGGAAUUUCGUCAGGACCUGACGCCUUUCCACGAUUAAUUGCUUUCAGUAAAUGAAAGACUUCCAAUUCGUUCACUUGAAAAGAGGAAUAAUUAUCAAAGGGUGGAAGGGUUGACAGUGGAUUGAAGGAGUUCAUGGGCUCCAAAAAGGCGUUAUUAAUUAAAUUCGCAAUGUCAGGACGUUGCAUAUUCUCGAUAUCGCCUAAAUGAAGUUGACUACAUAGGUCAUCGGAGCCGGUUGUAGGUACCAUACCAGCAAUCUGCUUCACCUCCUUCCACCAUCUCUUCGGUUUGGUCGAUUUAAGAUUCUUUACUUUUGAAGAGUAGAAUUUCGCCCGGCAUGUCUUUCGCUCGCGGUUAACCCGAUUCCGGUAAUACUUGAACUGAAAGGUAUUUCCACUGCAGAAGGCAGCUUGACGCUUCCUUAUAAGCUCUUUAAAUUCUGCAGUAAUCCAUGGAGGAUCGUGUACAUGCAAAGCCGUUUUCUUUAUUGGCAUAAUGGUGCUAAUACCGAGACGUACUAACUCUUCGAAAUACUGGAGUUUCAUUUCGCAUGUGUCAAAAUGAUUCAGAGAGGACCAAUCGAUAGAUGUAAGGUAUCUUCCAAGCUCAUGCCUUUUACUAGAUCGUAAAUCUCUACUAGAGAUAAUUCUUCUACUGCAUGACUUGGGUUCUCUUUUGCAAGGAUUGACAAUCACAACAUUAUGAUCUGAAAGACCAAAUGGCGGAAAUUUUUCGACAGAGUUCUUAUCAUAAAACGAAUGUAAGUUGGUUAUUAUUAGAUCCAAAGUCUGGUUGGCCCUUGUGGAAACGUUAACAAUCUGUUUGCAACUGAACUGUGUUAAUAUCCGAUUGCAUUUUAACCGAUUAAAGUCGCCUGCAAGAAUAAACCCACAGCCAGGAUAAGUGCUUUCAAUAGUAAUCAGUGAUGUGGAGAGAAAUUGGAGCAUUUCAUCAUCAUUAGCAUUAGGUGGAUGGUAAACGACACCAAGUAUCAAGCAGGAAAACCCACGGGGAAGUCUACUUGGACGAACAUAGACCCACAGAACUUCGUAAUCUAUAUGGUGGAGAUGAUUCAGAGGCUUAUAAAAUAUCGUGUUCCUGAUGUACACCCCAACCCCUCCGUGGGAGCCCACACUGCGGUUUUUAUGAACAAAAUUGUAACCUGGAAUAUCGAGGCAGGAAUCUGAGAUACGGUCAUUUAGCCAUGUUUCCGUUAUACAGGCAAGGUCAGGACUCUUUUCUGUGACAAAACAACUCACUUCAUCAAUUUUGGGAGCUAAUGACAUCGUAUUUGUCAAUAAUAGUUUCGGAACGUAGAAAUAGUCAUUAGCAUUGGAAAUAACAGUUUUAUUAAUGUUAAUUUGAAUAAUAUUGUAUUGUUUACAUUUUUGUGUCCAAAAUAUUGAGCUUUAUUCGACAACUAUUUAUAUUUUCAAGCUUCUAGAGUAUAAUAAAUUAUCAAGAAACAACAAUCAGGCUUUUCAAGAACUCAAAACAUCGUUAAACUGUUUGUAUCAUAAAAAGUGGGCUCAUUUGUGCACAUGCGCAGAUCAGACUGUAGAUCACCUUUAACACUAGACGAUUUUUCUUGCCAAGAGGAGAGCGCUAGUGCUCAAUGGGUUCACCAGACUGUCUUUCGUUGGUUGGAUCAAUGCAACUACCUGAAAAAUAGAAGGAGAAUUUUUUAUGUGUCAAUCUUGAAACGUCGAAAUUUUCGUUAUAUUUUUCAAGUAGUUUCGUCCCUAGCAAAGAAAGUUUGUUAUUAUUAACACUAUCUACAUUUGACAGUUCAAUAUAAUAACCACACUAUCUGCCCAUGUGUAUGAGAAUAAUAUGAAACAAUGCCCUACAAUCUGGGUUCGAAAUAGUUGCCGGCGAUAACUGGCAGUUUCAUGACCUUGCCGUUUUAAAUCCAAAGGACUUUGACUGCCAUUUUUUAUUUAACCCAAGUUUAAACUUAAAUCAAAUUGAUUUUUCAAAUUGAAAUUAUUGUUAUACUUUUUAUUUCCUGUUUGUAUUAUAUAUAACCGAACCAAGGACGCUCUUUGUACUUGAAAAAGCAUGUAUUGUUUUGGCCUUAAAACGUUCAGAAAUUGAACACAUUUCUAACCAUAAGUUGGUAUCGAGGCCCACCAAGGGUGUAACCCUGGUCGCUUGUCACUCAUUUUGUAGCCGCUUUGUCGCUUGUUUUAUUGUAAUAACACAUUUGUCCCACAACACAAAUCGCAAUUUGUCGCUUUUUUCCAGUCAGAAGCUGUCAUUUGCUGCUCGUUUUUAGAUAGUCUGUCGCCUCUUUUUGAGGAAUGUUGCCAGUGGCAUAGCCAGCCUGACAAUUUAGUCCCGCUAUGCAAAUUCAAAAUUAUCAUUAUUCAUUUCUUUAGAAAUUGAUUGUUUUGACAGUCAAUGAUCACGAAAACAUUUGCAUAGCGGGACUAAAUCGUCGGGCUGGCUAUGCUACUGAAUGUCGCCUGUCGGUCAUAACCCCUUGGGGGCCUGGGUGUUGCCUUAGUAUAUGUAUGUGAACUUAAACAAUGUUUUGCUGCCCAUGUUGUUCACAACUGUCAAACAAUAUUGAACAAUAUUGUUACACCCGGUUCUGGCUCAACAAUAUUGUUCAAUAUUGUUGACAAGUGUGAACAAUGUGGGCCGCAAAAUAUUGUUCGAUCCUGUUAAACAGCAGGCGGCUCAGUGUUUUUACGCAUGUAUGAAAUUCUUUGUUUUGAUGCGUUUAGAAAAAGGUGAUGUGAAGAUGAAAACAGAAGCCUUGAAACGAGUCAUUUACCAGAUCAUCAAUGGUGAUAAAAUGCCAGGACUUCUCAUGGUCAUUAUACGUUUUGUAUUGCCGUCUCACAAUCACAUGAUCAAGAAAUUGUUGUUGAUCUUUUGGGAGAUUGUCCCGAAACUUGGUCCUGAUGGAAAAUUGUUGCAAGAGAUGAUUUUAGUUUGUGAUGCUUAUCGUAAGGUAAUAUGUUUUAAAAAUUUCCUUGCAAUUUUGAUAAAUCCUUGUAGGCAAAAAAUGCUGAUUUUCUUGGCUUUUUGACAGCAUUUUUUUUCCUCUAAAUGACAUUUUGAAGAUGGAUCAGCAUAAAAAUGUAUUAUAUGUAUUUAGUUACAGUAACUAUCUGUACCAGUGUGGGUAGUAACAAUGUGAAAUUGUUGUGCUGAGCGGUUAUAUUACUACCUGAAAUAAACAAGCAGGAACUCGACGUUUCGAGCGAAGGCCCUUCGUCAAGAGUCAGGCCUUAAAAUAUCUUUUACAGGGCCAUCUGACAAAAUGUCUGAUGACUUUGAGUUUUGGUCGGACAUAUGUAUGAUGAAGUCCGAUGACCAUAAGUUCAGUUUUAAUUAAUAGCUCUGAAAUAAGUCUGAAUGACACAAAUAUCAGCAUAAUGUAUUAAUUCUGAAUGGUAAUUUUGUUGAAACAAUAUUUUGCUAAUAUAUAGAAAUAAACAUAUAAGUUUCCUGAGAAUUUGAUAUAAUUUGCUUUAAAGCUAAAAUCUAGACUUUAAGUGACAGGGGGAAAUUUAAUUACUUUUGUAUAUUUUCUCAAAAAUGGAAGGAAAUUUUGGGAAGAAGGCUGAUGUUUUCAAAAGCUGAAUAAUGUAACUGGACAAAGUGACGGACACAAUCAAAGUUGUGUCUGUAAAACCACUAGAAAUCAUGUAUUUGUACCAGUCAAUGACUGUGACUGGACGCUUAUUUCCAGACUUGUUAAGUUACAUUGCACCCUAAUGUGCUCUACUUUAUUAUUUUAGAAUGUUAGGGUUUGUAAUCCAAGUGAGAAUAUAUACAUUUUAAGACCUAACCAGGAACGACUGCGAAAAAUGCAGCACAAAGUCCUCUGGUAGGAAUUGUACCUACGGCCCUGCGAUUCAUUAUUUUACCCUGUCUAAUGCCAGAUGAUGUUACUUGUCUAGGAGAAAAUGCUGGCUCUCAGUUGGUUAUUAAAUAGUUUAUUCUUAUGUUUUUCACAGGAUCUUCAACAUCCGAAUGAAUUUAUUCGUGGAUCCACGUUGAGGUUUCUUUGUAAACUAAAGGUCAGAUUAAAUAUAUAUUGUCAUAUUACACACGUUAAAAUAAUAUUAUAUUAAUGGAUAUGUCGAGGGGGGUUGAGAUUUUGCUUCUACAGAUUCAUAAUUAUACCGCAAAAUUGAAAAUUGUUUUGUUUCGUAGCAACCUGAGUUACUGGAACCUCUGAUGCCAACGAUCAGAUCGUGUUUGGAACAUCGACACUGCUACGUGAGACGCAAUGCUGUUAUGGCAAUCUACACAAUAUUCAAGUAUGGAACUGUUGUUUUGUUAAAGGGAUACGGCAAUAAAGAUGGACCAUUUGCAUUAUAGACUAAAUUUUGAUAUAGACAAAAAUUUCAUCACAGCUUGAAAGAGCAUCAAAAAAUUAGUAAUAUUCCAAAGUUUCAUUGCGAAAUGUUGUAAAAUGCGGAUAAUAUAACCUUGCGAAGUUUGCCGUUUCUCAGUCAUUUUGUAUGACAAACGGGAAAUUAACAGAAUGACAGCCCAAUACCCUUUGGGGCUGUCAAUUUCCCGUUUGUAAUACAAAAUGACUGAAAAACGGCAAACUUCGCAAGGCUACACUAUCCGCAUUUUACAACAUUUCGCAACGAAACUUUGGAAAUUGGAAUAUUACUAAUUUUGUGACGCUCUUUCAAGCUAUGAUGAAAUUUUUGUCUAGACUUGUGUAGAUCAAAAUUUAGUCUAUAUUUAGUCUAUCCAUUAACUUUGUUUUCCAUUUUUAUCUUUUUCUAGGAAUUUCAAUUUCUUAAUUCCUGAUGCGCCAGAGUUAGUUCACACAUUCUUGGAACAAGAGCAGGACGCCUCGUGUAAACGAAACGCUUUUAUGAUGCUCAUCCAUGUCGAUCAGGUACAGAAGUCGUAAUAAAACUGCAGCAGACUUGUAGCAAUACUGUUCCAAUCACUUGUCAACAAUAUGUGUUUGUACUGCUUGUUCCCAGCUUGUUAUCAAAGACUUGUUGCAAUACUUUUCUCUAAGAUACAGUUGUGUACCAUAUGCUCAAUGAACAAAUUUAAUAAAUUUGAAUUUUUGUGUUAUUUAAAGGAUCGUGCAUUGGACUACUUGAGCACAUGUAUUGAUCAAGUCAACAGUUUUGGUGAUAUCUUACAACUGGUUAUUGUUGAGUUGAUUUAUAAGGUAAAAGCUGUUUAUGUAAACUUAUAGGAUUUCAACAGUUGUGUUGCUGAACUUCCUUUUCAAAUACCAGAACUCCCUUUUUAAAUGCCAGAACUCUCUUUUCAAAUAGCAGAACUCCCUUUUCAAAUGGCAGAACUACCUUUUCAAAUAGCAGAACUCCUUUUUCAAAUAGCAAAACUCCCUUUUCAAAUGGCAAAACUCCCUUUUCAAAUGGCAAAACUCCCUUUUCAAAUAGCAGAACUCCCUUUUCAAAUGGCAGAACUCCCUUUUCAAAUAGCAGAACUUCUUUUUCAAAUAGCAAAACUCCCUUUUCAAAUGGCAAAACUCCCUUUUCAAAUGGCAAAACUCCCUUUUCAAAGAACAUAACUCCCUUUUCAAAGAACAGAACUCCCUUUUUUAAAUAGCAAAACUCCCUUUUCAAAUGGCAAAACUCCCUUUUAAAAUGCCAGAACUCCCUUUUCAAAUGGCAAAACUCCCUUUUCAAAUAGCAGAACUCCUUUUUCAAAUAGCAAAACUCCCUAAAUGGCAAAACUCCCUUUUCAAAUGGCAAAACUCCCUUUUCAAAUGGCAAAACUCCCUUUUCAAAGAACAGAACUCCCUUUUCAAAGAACAGAACUCCCUUUUUUAAAUAGCAAAACUCCCUUUUCAAAUGGCAAAACUCCCUUUUCAAAUGCCAGAACUCCCUUUUCAAAUGGCAGAACUUGGUUAUCAACUUGACAAUUUUAUUUUGAUUAUUAAUUAAAAUGAAGAUUAGUUUGUUCUUUUAUUGAAAGUGAAUGGUCAAAAUGAGCGGCAAGGUAAGAAUUUGACCAGACAACUCUGCAUUCUGGCUGGACAUUGUCCGUUGACCGGCCGUUAUUUCCCGCGCUGUUUUAACUGAGAAAAUCGAUGGAAACUUGUGUAAAUCAGGAGGAUAUUGUGUAUGUGGAUGCAACAUCUCAUUAAACGUUGAUUUCUGUUGAAUUUUCUUCAUGAACUAUUGAAGUUGUACAAAGUAUGAACACAAUAUGGAUUUGGUGCCAGCUGUAAAUUUUUCUGAAGAAAUAACUCUGAGAUAUUAUUUUUACUUGUAUAUAGGUGUGUCGUGCCAACCCCAAUGAACGUGCGAGAUUCAUCAGAUGCAUUUAUAAUCUUCUCAAUUCGUCAUCACCAGCAGUACGUUAUGAAGCAGCCGGUACUUUAGUCACUUUGUCUUCAGCGCCCACUGCAAUCAAGGUCAGUGGUUUACACAGUCCUAGCUUGUUGACAAGUUGGUAUAGACUUGUUGACAACUUGCUAUAAGGUUGUUGAGCUCAACAGACAUGUGAAGUUUUUACUUAUAAAUGUGUAUUUGUUGAAAUAUCCAGGCGGCAGCAACGUGUUAUAUUGAACUGAUCGUGAAAGAAAGUGACAAUAAUGUGAAGUUGAUUGUUCUUGACAGACUCAUUGCCUUACAACAGAAUCCAGCUCAUGAGAAAAUCAUACAGGUCAGUGCCUACAAACAUUGAAGUUUUGAUUAUAAAUUAGGUGAGUUACUCCCGGACACUGAAGUGAAUCCAAUAACAAAACAGAAAUCACCAAAAUACAACAAAAAUAUUUUUAAAACACUUUAUAUAACCGGUCCGGUAACAGUUGUAUACAAAACAGGGUUUACAAGCUUUUAGUAGUUUUAUUUAUUAGAAAUUGUUGUAAAGAAUUCCUUCUACACAUUAGGGCCAUUUAUACGAGACAAAAUAAGACGCGACUUACAUAAGGCGCGACUUAAAUAAGACGCGAGUUUGUCGUAUAAAAGGCACAGAAUUCUUAUGUAAGACGCGUCUUGAAUAAGACGCGACUUAAAUAAGAACAGGAUUUUUAGCUGUUCUUAUGUAAGUCGUGUCUUAAAUAAGAAAUGUUGGACAAAAAUUCUAACUACACAUGCCCGAAUCUUGAAACAACGUAAAAUUAUUAGCCUUGCAUAUUAAAACAAAAACAACCAAAACAACCAAAACAACAUUAUAGCUAUAGCAAGUAAAUAAGAAUAAAGCCGUAGAGAACCAUUUAUGCGAUAACUCCGCUUAUUUAAGUCGCGUCUUAUGUAAGUCGCGUCUUAUUUUGUCUCGUAUAAAUGGCCCUAAUGUUAAACAAAACUUUGUGGCUUUCUUCAUACUUGCUGUCUUGCUCGUCUAUAACCAGAACAAAACGUAGUUUAUAAAGUUGGAAGUCGUGUCGCCAUUUUGUUUAUUGAUGUACGUCGAGACGGACAACACUUGUUGCCAGGCGGGAUACAUUGCAUUGAUGUAAACCCACGUGACGGCAAAUGAGCCAAUCACGUUUGGCGUUAACCACAUAGAUAUCUUAUAUACACUAGAUAGCGCAUCUCUUUUAGUAAAAUUGAAGCCAAGAAUAUUCCAGCGGUUACCCCCAUUUGAAUAGAUGGCGGCCAUGUUGGUCGUUCCCACUUGCUAAUAAACGCUAAAAAACAACAAUAACUUUCAUCAUUUGAAUAGUUUGAAAAUGUAUUUGGAAUAGGUUAAACUUAAUAUUUAAAGGGGAAGUCAAGUCCGUUCUGCGCAUCGGUUCUGCUCAUAACAAUGUGAGGACCUCUAAUGUGAACAUUGCCCAAAUUUCGAAUGUUUCGAAUUUUUCUGAACAUAAACUCUAUUUCAUAUUCAUUUAGAAGCAUAGCGAACCAAAAUUGUGUUACAUAUUCAGACAGUACAUCAUAUUUUAAAAAAUACAGCAGUUCAAAAUGUAAACAAACCGUUUGUUUACAUUACGGACUUGACUUCCCCUUUAAGUUCCGUGUUUAAGAAAUAGAAAACAUACGAGUCUUCUCAUUUUAUGGGAAUAUCCUGAGUCUGCAAACACGGUUUCAAUUUUUGAAUUGCAGAAUAAUUAGAUGCACUAUCUAGUGUAUAUAAGAUAUCUAUGGUUAAUCCUAGCUAUACAACAGUUUUUAAUGUGGUUUUAGGAACUAGUGAUGGACAUUCUGCGAGUACUUGCCUCGCCUGAUCUCGAGGUUCGCAAGAAGACGUUGGAUCUUGUCCUUGAGAUUAUGAACACGAGAAAUAUCCAUGAAGUCGUGAUGGUUUUGAAGAAAGAAAUCACCAAGACACACACAGAGGAAAGCACGACGGAAGAUUCCGGCAAUUACCGACAGAUCCUCGUCCGCACUCUACACGCAUGCAGCGUCAAGUUCCCGGAUGUUGCAGAAUCUGUUGUUCCCGUGGUAAGUAUAUUAGGGAGUUUACGAUCUACGACGCGUCCGGCUCGACGACGCGCUUUCAAAACAAAAAAAUUUGGUGUUUCCACAAACAAAGAAAUUUGUCAUGCAAGACGAAAACUGUCAAUAAUUUGUGGUCCCAUGAGUAUUGUCAACCGCGUUGUCAUUCUCAACACAACAUUAAACAAGCAUUAUUACGUCUUUCAGUCAACGUGAAAGCAUUAAGCUCGAGAGGUGUUACUUAAAGUCGAAAUUACAGCAAACAUUGCAUCGCUUCAGCCGAACGUAGCAGUUUGUAAGGUUAUUUGAAAAAGCGUCAAAUAUUUAUUACAGUAGUCAAAUUGCUUACCGCUCAUUCUUGAGCUGAAAUUUAGACCGCGUCGUUGAGCCGGCCGCGUCGCAGAUCGUAAACUCCCUAAUGAAGCCUGGAUCACGCCGAGCAAUUCUGUCGGCGAUGACAUGCAAAAGAAUUGUUUACUUCUGAAAAGCGACUCUAUACUUUUGUGCGCGAGUUCAAGCAUCCGUCAGCGAGGACAGCAUCCGUCAAGAAACACAAAAUCGCCGACAAAAUUACUAGUAUGAAAUAUGAACCGGGCUUUAAGGUUGUUUCCAUUUCUUCGUAAUGAUUGAGCCACGAUCUUUCUCAACAGCCGAAGUAAAACAGUAUAGAAAUGAAAAUAGGCAACGUGAUUAUAUAAAGAGAAUACUUAUGAUUUAUGUGGUUCACAGGUAAAAACUAUUAUAAUCUGACCGUUGAGAAAUAUCGUGAUUCUAUCUUUACGAGCGUUAAGACAAUAUCGAAACCAGGUUUCACGUGCUUAGUGAUAUUAUUAGGGAAUUUAAGCUUCACGUUUCCGUGAACGACAAACGACAGGUUCGAACUUUCUUGGCAGAAUUUUCGUUGAACGUUUUCGUUUCAUAUUUUCUUUCUUGCGUCGAAAGAAUAAUUAUGUAUUUCAGUUUUAAAACAGCAAGUUUAUUUACUCUUUAUUGCCUGAUACCGUAAAAUUUUUCUUUGUCUGGCAUUUGCCGUUUGACGUAUAACGCGAAGCUUAAUCUCUCUAUUUACAUGACACGAGAUUUAUUAAUAAGAAAACACAAAAGAACUCCAAAUAACAUUCAGAUUUAUUGAAUCAACCUUUCGAAUAUGAAGCGCUGUGUUGUAGUUUUGUCUGCGUAUGGCAAGAGACUCCUUGUAUAACAGUAGAGACGAGUGAUCUAUCAAUUAUUAAACCGACACUCCGUUUAAGUAGACACAUUGGUGGGAAUGCCGAUGUGUUUCGUGUUUCGAUGAUACAGUCGGACCCUUUAGCAAAGAACGAUAUAUUUAAUUUUAUAUAUUCCUUAUACUUUCCAUUUUCUAACAUUUCAAGCCCUCACUUACGAAACUGUUGCUUUGUUAUGUAGUUGAUGGAAUUCCUGGGAGAUUCGAACGAACAAGCCGCUCUGGAUGUGUUGGUCUUCGUGCGUGAAGCUGUCCAGCGUUUCCCGGACCUCAAACCUCUCAUCGUCGAGAAAUUGUUGGAAACUUUCUCUCAAAUCAAGAGCUUGAAGUAAGUAAUGUGCAUCAAUCUCUGCUUCAUGCAAACAUAAGGUAACAUUAUGAUCUAAAGAUUAGCUUCGGUGGCGCAAUAUUCACAGCAAGCGCAUUUUCGUCUCUGAGUUCCCGGGUUUGAUUCUCGCUACGGACUCAUCACACUACUGGGAAAGAGUCCGUCAACGCUCUACCGAAAAUCGUGGGUUUUCUCCGCGUAGCUUUCAUCUGCAAGUAAAGAUGAUCAGCAACUUACUUUGCCGAAGUUGGGGUAGCGUUCAAUUGUAUCAGCUGCAAGUAAAAAUAAUUAGCAACUUACUUACUAGUUGCGGUGUGGGAGGGGUUAGGGUUAGCAUUCAAUGGACCAUUUGCAUUAUAGACUAAAUUUUGAUCUAAACAAAAAUUUCAUCACAGCUUGAGAGAGUAUCACAAAAUUAGUAACAUUCCGAAGUUUCGUUGCGAAAUGUUGUAGAAUGCGGAUAAUAUAGCCUUGCGAAGUUUGCCGUUUUUCAGUCAUUUUGUAUUACGUACGGGAAAUUGACAGCCCAAUCGGGUGUUGGGGCAUCAAUUUCCCGUUUGUAAUACAAAAUGACUGAAAAUUGCACAUUUCGCAAGGCUAUAUUAUCCGCAUUUUAAGCUAGAGUAAUACGAGCAACAAAAUUGCUGCAACUUGCAACAAAAUCUGAUUUCAACGCAUGUUAAGUAGAAAUGUUGACACAUGUUGCCUCGUGACUUGUAAUGUGUGUGGAAACAUUUUCAAUUAACAUGCGUAGAAAUCAGAUUUUGUUGCAAGUUGCAGCAAUUUUGUUGCUCGUAUUACUCCACCUUUACAACAUUUCGCAACGAAACUUUGGAAUAUUACUAAUUUUGUGAUGCUUUUUCAAGCUGUGAUGAAAUUUUUGUCUAGACUUGUUUAGAUCAAAAUUUAGUCUAUAAUGCAAAUGGUCCAUUGUCUCAGCGGUAAGUAAAGAUGAUUAGCAACUUACUUACUAGUUUGGGGGUUAGGGUUCAAUUGUCUCAACUGCACAUAAGGAUGAUCAGCAGACCCCCACUUACUUCGUUCCAGCCUCGUGUAAACAGGACUACGUUCUAACUGUCGUUUUUGUAGAAUCCAUCGUCACGCACUGUGGAUCUUGGGAGAAUAUUGCGAGAAUGAAAGUGAUUUGCUCAGUGUGAUGGAUGUUAUCAAGUCUUCACUUGGAGAGGUAUGUCAUGUGAAUUAAGGACCGUAUGCAUAUAGUUUCGCUAAAUAUCUAAUAAUAAAUUAAUCUUUACGAAAUAUAAAACACUUUCCGUGUUUCCAUACAGUUAAAGAAACUAUGAUAUCCAUAGUAAUAAUAUACAUAAAGAUAUUACUCGACUGUGAUUGGUUGAUUUCAGUGCAGUUAAUCCCAAACAGCAGUGCAAUUUUCUGUAAUCACAGUGCAAAAAUCUGUAACAAACUGAGCUGAUUGGUGGAAAAACAUUGUGAUGAUUAAAUCAACCAAUCAGUUUAAAGCAAUUUAGUUUAAAGAAGUAACGGUCACAGAUUGCUUUAAACAAAACAAACAUGGCGCCGCGCUACACAAAGUAAAAGUUGCCUUCGCGUGGAAAAUAUGGCUUUUAUCUUUAUUUUUAAAUUGAAAAGCAUUUACCGUAAACAAGACUAACAAAAAUUACAUAGUUGAGUGGAAUUUUCAAGCUGGUAGCGUUGUAUAAUGUGAUAUAAUAAAGCCAGGAAAACUUUGCCAGUGGAAUGUUCGCUAUAAACGCGUAAGUUAAAACCACAAUUGUCUCGAACAUUUUUAUGUAAAUUUUUAAUUAUGUAAACCAUGCUAUUAAGUAAUAGCAUGGUUUCUCGUGAAAUUUGGAUAAACAUGCACUCGUGAGUUUUUCAAAGACCUCAAAUAGCACUCGUCCUUCGGACUCGUGCUAUUUUGAGGUCUUCGAAAAACUCACUCGUGCAUGUUAUAUCCAAAUUGCACUGGAGACCAUGCUAUUACAAACAAACACGCUUCUCGACCAGUCAACGCUCGCGCACUAUAAAUGUUGUAUUAUAAAAGUAAGUGCUCUUGUUAGGUUCCAAUUGUCGACGAUGAACUGAGAAAAGCUGCCGGUGUAGAACAAGUAGACGGUUAGUAUAAAGUUUAUUGAAUGAAAACUAAAUGUUUCAAUUUCCAGUUGCUUCUUUUGGUAGUGACAGUGCCUGGCAAGUUUGACGCCGCUUUAUAUGCUGCCCGCGAGUUUGAUAAUUUCUGUAGAAUCGAAUGCUUCCACAACCUAUAGUAAAUUUUGUUUUUCGAGUGUAUUACGUAGUUUGGUUGCAAUACUGACUUUAUGUCGUGUUCUUCAGACAAUCAGGAGCAAGGAACAACCACAACGAAAACAAGAGUUACUGCUGAUGGUACUUAUGCUACAGAGAGUGUCUUUGUCAGUGCCGCUGGAUCUCGUGAGGAUAUCAAGUACGUUUUAGAGAGUUUGAGCAAGACAACGAAGUACGAAGACCUACUUGAUAAUUUUUGCCGUCUGCACAUUAUCUUGCGCAUACUGAGUUGGACGUCACUGGUAGUUGCUCAACGUGUCUUCCCGUGUGUCGCUGUUUAUGAAUACUUACCAUAAUUCUUGGCCUGACCCAGAAAAAAACAGCGAGACAUGAAACUAUAUCCCGUCUUUGUCCUUCAUUUGGAACGAAGUUCACAACGAAUUUUUCCAAAAUAUUCGUUGUGAACGAAGGCAGAAGAACGAAGACGGGAUAUGGAUUUAUGUCUCGCUGUUUUCUCCUAAUCAGGGUAAAGACUUGGUCAGCAUUCAUAAACAGCUAGACACGAAUCUCUAAUCUGUCUUCAUCCCUGACCCUAAACUCAGAAUGGGCAAGAUAAUUUGCAAGACAGGCAAAAAUUGUCAACCACGUCGUCCGACUUCGUUCUCUUGCUCAGACUCUCUAAUGUGACAAAGAGAACUUCUAUUGUCAGUCUGUCACUAAGUGACAAGGCAAUACAGCCCAAGAUUACCAUUUGACUGCUUUAACUUCCCCUAUUUAUACCAAGCUAGACCUAGGCGGCCUAUGUUAGCGUUCACCAACACAGCUAUGGAGACCGUUUACCAAAGGUUCGGCUGUAAUAUAUAUACUACUUUCAUGUUUUGAUUGUAUAUUUCUUAUGUGAGAAUAUUUCGUAAUAUAUAUUCUAUUGCUUCCUAGGCCUCCUCUGCGUCAAUAUCUUUUGGAUGGUGAGUUUUUUGUGGGCGCAGCCAUGGCGGGAACAUUGACGAAAGUUGCUCUGCGGUAUAUCGGACUCGUUGCUGACAACAAGAAGCAAAAUGUACGUAGCCUGCAUACAGAUAGUCUGCCCUCAAUGCGCUCCGCCCGCUUUUCUGAUAAAUUUCUGGGAUUUUGCAAGCGUUUAUUACUCGAAUGCUUUCAUUAGUUGAUAAAUCUCUUACAAAUCGUCUCAUAAUGGAACUUUAUAAAAUUUGUGAAUUUUUGCAGAUAUUCUGUGCUCAAUCAAUGCUGGUAAUGGCAAGUAUUCUUCAUCUUGGAAAAUCUGGAUUAUCGAAGAAGGUAUUGUAUAAAUAAAGUAAUCAACGUGUUCAAGUGAUUACGCUAUAUAUACGGCAAAAUCACCAUAGCAUGUUGGUUUGCGUCAAAUUUAUCAGAAAAUGUGCAGACAAAAAAUACAUCGUGCUAAUUUCCAAAAGAAAAUUGAUCAUUUGUCCUUCCAAGUAAAAUAAUUAUUUGCAGGCCUGUUGAUGAAUAGUUGGGACGCUGCGACAAACCACUCAGUUAUAAAUUUGCCAGCAUUGUAACCAUUGUUGACCAUAUUUUCAUUGUCCAUUUUCUAGUCUAUAACAGAUGAUGAUGUUGACAGAAUAACACUGUGUCUGCGCGUACUGGCAAACCGUACUGCACUUAUGAAAGAUAUUUUUACUGUGGAAUGUCGACGUGCACUUUCAAACAUGCUCGAAUCCAACAAACAGGAUAGCGAAGACAGCACUAAGGUAGAGAUACAGUACCAGCAUUUUACUCCACCGUCGUCUCUUCGGAAGAAGAUUGAGUUUUAGUAGGAGAACAGUCCUCCGCGCUAAAAAUGCCAGACCCAUAAAAUGCUUUACAGCUGUACGACUGAAUUUGUAAGCUCUGUUAAAUGUAAUUUGACAACCGCGUUUUUGAAGAAAUUAUUUGCACCUUGGCGGCGUAGGAAAAACUGAAAUUAUUUUCAAGUCUGCAAUUCUUUCUAUAUCUUCAUUGCAGGCGAACGAAAGAAAAGCAGUUAGUAUUCAAGCAGAUGAUCCCAUUGCCUUCAUGCAACUCCUCGCCACGGCUGAAAAUGAAAUUCUCGAGGUAUGAACUCAUACACUCUACAUUGGUUGCACCAGUUUCCUAGCCACUCAAAUAACGCUCGCACAUCGGACAGUUUACAAACAAAUCACAAUUUUUCAAGCUCACCCGGUGUGGAUAUACACUCAGAGUAACAUCACAAGCAUCUUAUUCACCUGAGUACAUUACACCAACACAGAAAAAAUCAUAUUAUUAGAUUACAUUGAUAUCGAAGGAACUAGAUUCUGUUCCGAAAUAUCACAUACUCGAACCGACCUGACCGCGUAGCUCAGUUGGCAGAGCAUUGGGCUAGUAUUCCAAAGGUCGUAAGUUCGAUUCUCACCGUGGCCGGGCAAAUUUUUAAGCUCACCCGGUGUGGAUAUACACUCAGAGUAACAUCACAAGCAUCUUAUUCACCUGAGUACAUUACACCAACACAGCAAAUAUGAUGAUUAUUAGAUUACAUUGGUAUCGAAGGAACUAGAUUCUGUUCCGAAAUAUCACAUACUCGAACCGACCUGACCGCGUAGCUCAGUUGGCAGAGCAUUGGGCUAGUAUUCCAAAGGUCGUAGGUUCGAUUCCCACCGUGGUCAGGCAUAUUUUUCAAGCUUGCCCGGUGUGGAUAUACACUCAGAGUGACAUCACAAACAUCAUAUUCACCUGAGUACAUUACACCAACACAGAAAAAAUCAAAAUCAAAAUGCUAAAUUACUCAGACAUUUUGUCCCGACAAACUGUCUUACCAAUUUUUCAUAUCAACAUUAUGACGUCACUCCAUUAAAUAUUAUAUCAAAACUUCUUAUUUGGUCUUCUGUUGACGAUUAUACAUUUGGCUGUUAGCCAAUCAGAAACCAUUAUUCUUUUAGAUAGAUAUUUAAUUAUUUUUGUAGGAUCGUUACGAUCAAACACUGUCUCAAGCCGUCGGCUUGGAUAAGCAAGAGGAAGACGCGAAGAGUUCAAAAUUAAAUAAGGUUUGUGAUAAAGAGUUUUGAAACAAAUGCAAACGAUACAAGUUGUAUUUUACAACGACGUUUCGCGUGUCAAUUCACGCACGAAAAACGCACGUAUUUUCCAAAGUGCAGUCAAAAUCAUACUGUUAAUCAUUUUGUUACAUGUUUUGUGGUCCCGGGAUGUCGAGUGGGCUCAAAACACGCUGAUUGUCCCAAGGUUUCAGUCACUAAGUGUUUUAUUAUAUAGCAAUUGUCAAAGUCUCAAUAAUUCACCUGCUAUUCCAAAACUGUAGUAAAACCGACAGGCAGACAUUCUGAAACUCUUGAAAAAGCUUUGAGCGUGCUGGUUGAUGCGAAUAGCUCACGCCUCACUUUUGCAUGGUUUUAUCGUUGACCAGUCAAUAAAUGACAAUUGUUUCAUUGUUGUUUGUGAUGUUACUCUGAGUAUUCACAUCACAAACAUCAUACAUUCACCUGAGUACAUUACACCAACACAGAAAAUUCAUGACUAUUAGAUUGCAUUGAUAUCAAACGAACUAGACUCAGUUCCGAAAUAUCACAUACUCGAACCGACCUGACCGCGUAGCUCAGUUGGCAGAGCAUUGGGCUAGUAUUCCAAAGGUCGUAGGUUCGAAUCCCACCGUGGUCAGGCAUAUUUUUCAAGCUUGCCCGGUGUGGAUAUACACUCAGAGUAACAUCACAAACAUCAUAUAUUCACCUGAGUACAUUACACCAACACAGAAAAUUCAUGUUUCAUUGUCGACCAGUUGCCCCUCAGCAAAGCAUGCAAUGAUCAUGACGUUUUGUCGACCAGCACGUGAUACGGUUUUGUCCAAUCGGCAAACAGGAAAAUUGAACUUUGACACUUGCAAUAUAAUAAUUAUAAUUGGUGUAGUAGAAACAAUGUUAUACUGUUAUAAAUAAAUUGUGGAACACAGGAGUUUGUGUUAAAUUUGCAAGAUGUUACUCGUUUGAUCGGGACAUUAGAUUUCAUGCAAAAUCUUACUCACCAAAUCUCUUCUUGUUUUGAUGUAGGUGACACAGUUGACUGGCUUUUCAGAUCCAGUAUUUGCUGAGGCUUACGUGAAUGUGAAUCAGUACGAUAUUGUCCUGGAUGUCUUGGUUGUUAAUCAAACGUCUGAUACUUUGCAGAAUGUUGUACUAGAGCUUGCAACACUAGGUAAGCACGUACACUGAGCUGCAAGUAUGGAAGACCCCCCCCCCCCCUCUUACUUUCAGCCAAAUUGAAUCAAAAAGGAGUUUGAUGCUUGUGAUGUUACUCUGAGUGUAUAUUCACACCGGGCAAGCUUGAAAAAUAUGCCUGACCACGGUGGGAAUCGAACCUACGACUUUUGGAAUACUAGCCCACCGUGGCCAGGCAUAUUUUUCAAGCUUGCCCAGAGUGGAUAUACACUCAGAAUAACAUCACAAGAGUACAUUACACCAACACAGAAAAAAUCAAAAAAGGUGUUUAUUUACGUUGCCGGUGGGCAACUAGUUUUCACUUGUUGCUUCGCGGGAUAUAUUGCAUUUACUAAAGCCACGUGACUACAAAUCAGCUAUUGGCGUUUAGUGUUCGCCCUAGCUAUGUAGCAAUGACACCCUCAUUCGUUGUAGUCGAUAGUUUAAGAUGAUAUUCUUGCAUAUUUAGGUGACUUAAAGUUGGUGGAAAAACCAAGUCCGAUUCUGUUGGGUCCGCACGAUUUCUCGAAUAUAAAGGUAAGGAAACGUGUGUUCUUAUGAGUCGAGAAGCUGUAGAAUUAGUCUGGGAGUGUUUUUAUCCUCAUUUCCCGAUUUCGUUAUCACAAGUGACAAGCAUUUAUCACAAGUGACAAGCGUUUAUCACAAGUGACAAGCAGGCGGACACAAGUGCUCAGUUACUGCAGUGAAUCUUAUUCAUUCAUGUAUUGACUUUUAAUUCUUAGGCAAGUGUGAAAGUAGCGUCGACUGAGAAUGGGAUUAUUUUUGGAAAUAUCGGUAAGAACCACCUUGCCCCUCCUAGCAUGGUUAAUUACAACUUGAAAGCACGCUAUCCAAUGGAUAUCUUUCUGUCAUUUUCUGUUAUAUGCAUGGUACUGUAUAACCCAGAUUCAAGUAUUUAUAAAUUGAAGUUUCUUUUUAUUCCAAUAGUUUCACAUGCAACCUCGCGCAAUAACGUUGGUUAAUUUUUUUUGGCACAAACUAUAUUAUAGUCACAGGAACAAAAUUUAGAUUCUACUAAAUGUAGUGGUUUUUUAAUGGUUUUUAAAGAUUUACUAUGUAUACUAUCAAUGUAAAAACUGAACUAUUUACCGUUAAUGGUUAUAAAUAAUUUCCCAUAUAGUAAAUUCAAUUUGGUAAAAAAACACGAUGUUUAAUAUUUACCAUUAACGAUAUCAUUGGUAAAUCUUAACAUGAUGGUUUUUACUAAUUUACCAUGUGGGGAAUCUGUAAUUACCAGUAAUGGUACUUUUUUUCUAACUGAACAUUUUCCCGUCGUAGUUUAUGACAUAUCUGGUGGAUCUGGUGAUCGUAAUUGUGUUGUUCUCAAUGACAUUCAUAUCGAUAUCAUGGACUACAUCCUGCCCGCUUCUUGCACCGACACGGAGUUCAGGCAGAUGUGGGCGGAGUUUGAAUGGGAGAACAAGGUAUUGCAGAAUAUAUCAACAUUUUGAGCGUCUGUCCCAACCUCGAACCCAGGCUCUUACCUUCGCACGCCCUCCCAUAGGCAAGAGCCUGGGUACGAGCUUGCGUCUGUACUCGAUAGAUGUAGUUCAUAAACAAUUGUUGAAGCCUUUUUUAAAACUGGAAAACUGCCUUUUUUCUGGGCUAUUAAGUGCCUCAUUUAAAGAAGGAAAAAGUAUUUCUUGAAUGAACGCCUUCAUUUGCUGGACAGAAAGUGCUCUUUUUACACGAGUAAAGACUCUGUAGAGACCAUUUCCAACGUUAUAGAGACUCCAUAUUUUCAAAAAUUUUCGUUCAGCUCGUGAAUGACAUAAAAUCAUUUGAUUUUUGUUCAUAUACAAAAGGCCCCUUUUGCCCAAUGCCCCUCCACAUUCAAAAUGCUUCUGCAGCCUCUGCUAUAACUAGAGAGUCUGACAACUUUGUUUUUGUAUUAAGUUAAUUAAAACAUACAUUACUAUUGCUGUUUGCGCAACUUUGAUAUGCAUAUUCUAAUUCUUGAACUGUUUUUGCCAGUGUAGCGCCAAUCAAUUGAAGAAGCUUUCGUUUGUAGGGAUGGUGAAAAUAUUUUAUAUAUCCCUACCAACGAAUCUUGUGCAUUGAAGUUGUUUUCCUGAGUAUUUGCUUCUCAGAUGUUUUGUCUUCGUCUAGGUCACUGUCAACACAAACAUCAAGGACUUGCGAGAAUAUAUUGAUCAUCUUAUCAAUU